AUGAGGCUGGCCGCGUACACUGGGGUCUCCGUGGCCCUGGCCACCGGUGUGUUCCUGAAAGCUCUCCAUCAAAGAGCCAAUUUCUACGCGGCUUGUGUAUAUCUUUCGCAGAGUAGUGCGAACCUCAUGAUCCUUACGAAUUUGUGUCUCCUUAUCACCGGCUUCGUCCUCUUCUGGCUCCAGCGGCUUCUCUAUGGACGACUACGCCCUAUCGAAACAGAACAACUCUAUGAGCGAGCGUGGUUCGCGGUUACGGAAACAUGUCUGGCUAUGACCAUCUUCCGGGGUGAACUCGGGGGUUGGUUUCUGGUCAUGUUCAUUUCCCUUUUGGCCGGAAAAGUCUGGGGCUGGAUUGGAGAAGGGCGCGUGGAGUUCUUGGAGCAACAACCCCCCGCAAACCCUCGGUUGUUCCAUAUCCGCUUGGCGCUGUCGCUACUUCUAACGACUCUCUUCAAUGCGUUUAUGCUGCAGUAUUGUGUCGAUACCGUGAUUUCUCAGGCCAGGCCAGAUAUGAUGGUCAUGUUUGGAUUCGAAUUUGCCAUUUUGACUAUCCUCUCAACCUCGACGGCCGCUCGUUACUGCAUCGCGCUGGUGGAGAUCUAUAUUACUCGCCAGCAGGUGAAGGCGAAGAUGGACGAACGCAGAGCUGAGAUUCGGGCUGCUCGAGUGGAGGCUAUCCAAGCGCACGCUCGUGCAGGGGCUACGUCACCUCCUACCGACCUUCCUGACGAGAACGACGUGAAUGAGCUGGAGAUCGAUGUUCCUGGGUGGGAGGAGAAAGGUCGCUGGGUUUUCUACUUGGACCUCUUGACGGACUUUGUGAAACUCCUGGUCUACAUCACUUUCUUUGCCAUUCUGCUCACGUUCUAUGGCUUGCCGAUUCAUAUCCUUCGCGACGUCGUUGUCACCAUCCGGUCAUUUGCUCGGCGAAUCAUGGAUUUCGUUCGGUACCGAAACGCCACCCGGGACAUGAACGAGCGCUAUCCAGAUGCGACCCCCGAAGAAGUGGCUAGAGAGGAAGUUUGUAUCAUCUGCCGCGAGGAGAUGGUCUCGGUCCUGCCAGCUGCUGAUGCCGCCGCUGAAGGUGGUGAACAACCGCAACCCGCUGCCGGUGCGCAACGUGUUCCUGAUCGUCUACGCCCCAAGAAGCUUCCAUGUGGCCAUAUUCUGCAUUUCGCCUGCCUGCGUAGCUGGCUGGAGCGGCAACAGAAUUGCCCUACCUGCCGGCGUCCAGUGGUAGGCGCGGAAGCAGCUGCUCGCCGCAAUGGCAACAACGCACCUGGUGGGCAGCAGAAUUUUGCUGGAGAUCUGGCUCCUGGUCAGCCAGGUGCUCAAGGCGAUGGAGCGCCCAGAGCCCGUGUUUAUCAAUUCGGUCCUUUCCGACUCGGCUUUGGAGCUGUGCGGGGCGACAUGCUCCAUAACCUGCACCAGCAAAUCCACCAGGGCAACGCACCCCAGCCUGCUGUGAACCCCAAUCAACCAAAUGGGCGGCAGAUUGGAUUCGGCUUUGGUUUUGGACGCCGUCCACCAGUACCUGCUCAGCAGGUCCAGAAUCCUCACGCCGCUGCGCACUCUAACUUCACCGAUGUCCAUACCCAAUUACAGCAGAUUGAGCAGCGCAUUACGGAAGAGAUAAAUUCUCUGCGGCUCGCCACGGAGCAACUACACCGCGUGCGUCAUCUUCAAAUGGAGCUGGAUCGACUUCGUCUCCAGCAAGCCAACCCCUUCCAUCAAACUACGAGACCUGCCACCUCUUCGCCCAUACUACCUGGAACGUUCACGUCCUCGACCGGCCAGCGAUACGCUAUGACCCCGGGCGAUAAUGCCAUGGGACCUGGAGAUACCCGUCUGCCGGACGGCUUCAAUCUCCCAGCAGGCUGGACUCUCAUGCCUCUUCAUCCCACCGAAUGGGGUGCUGACAACGCGGCGCAAGGUAUCAACGAAAUGCCCGCGACAUCAGCUGUCUCACCAGCCAACCAUCCCUCAAAUGAUACUACCUCUUCUCAAACCCCAGCACCCUCUGAGACCACCGUCCAAAAUGGGACUGCGGGGGGUAAUGUAUCAGCUACAACCGGUGCAGCUUCAAACAGCACCGCACCAAGUAGACAACUCCAAACCGUGUUUGACUGGUCAACGCUCGCCACAUCUCCAUCAACAGACCACCGCACAGAGUCCCCGUCCCAAGAGUGGACGGAGGUCCAGUCCGAAGCUGGUUCAUCCACAAUCCCAACAUGGGGCACCAACAGCCAAGCUCAAGAAGCCUCCGUCGAAGGUGAACAAACCGAGGACCCCUCCAAGGGCAAAGCCCGCGCAGCCACUGUGGAAGAGGCCGACGAAGAGGCGCCUGAAGCAGACUAUAAACCUUGUCCUUAG